AUGAGCAAAGACGCCAGCUUCCUCGAUGCUUCUAACUCCUGGACCUCGUUUUCGGCACAUGGAACUGCCUCCAGCUCUGCCACUUCUACCGUCCGGUCUCGUAAUCGAAGAGUGAUACCAUCAUACGAUGGCAGUGACGAUAGACUCGGUACCGGCAACUCGGGUGUUGGAUCACAACCCUCGACACGCUCUUUGCAUACGAAUGGCGGAAUAUCUACGCCUUCUCCGUUCUCCUCGAGAACUGUAUCCCCGAUUCCAAGCAAACGCCUUCCACGUACGGCUGGCGGACCGGAUAACCAAGUGCCUCCUCCUCCGAAAGGAUCGGGUUUUGGUGGUAUGCGGGAAGACACGAGAAGCGGUAGAUCGACAGGAUUUGCUACCGACUUCCUAGAGUCUCCUUGGUCGUCUCUGCAGGACCUUGCGUCGAAUAUCAUUGGAUCUGGCACCGCUCUGAUUAAUGGAGGAGUGCCGGCGAAUGAACAAGGGCGAGGGAAGCUGUUAGGAUCACGCCCUGUUGGUGGUGGAGAGUCAAGGAAUCGGCCCUCGAUUCCUACAUCAUGGAGCCCUCCACGUUCGAUAAUCGGGGAAUCUAACCCGGAUGCACAGAGGGAGAGACAAGAGCUGGUACAGGCUAAAAAACGGGAAGCCCUAUUGCAGGCCAAUGGGAACAGUUUUCCCGACAGCAGAGGGAAUUACAAACGAAGAGAUUCGGGAGACGGAUUUGACAGAUCGACUGCAACCUCAACGCCGGGACAAGAGGAUGGGAAUGCCUUGGUAUAUAUACAUAUCGUUCAAUCGAACGAUACGCUCACGGGAGUUUCAAUUCGUUAUGGCUGCCAGCUGGCGGUGUUGAGAAAGUCAAAUGGCUUCUGGCCUAGUGAUAGUAUACAGUCCAGGAAGACGAUUGUACUGCCCGUCGAGUCAUGUACGCUAAAGGGUUUACCAAUACCCGAGGAAGAGAUGCAGCAGCAGAGUGAUGACGCAAAAGAAGAUAACCCGGAUCAUGAUACAAGCUCUCUCGUGCCUGAUUCGAAUGCAGACAGUACAUGCGAUUUUGGGUAUGGAGACUCACAUCUGGACCGUGACCAUUUCAAAUCACCGAAAACUGGGAAGGACUUGGGUAGCGAUGCUCCCUGGGAACACCAUAGUUGGGUGAAACUAGAUGGCUUCUCAUCACCUGUCGAGAUUGGUCGGCUCCCUAGACGGUCCUUGGGAUUCUUCCCGCGAGCCCGCAGGAAAUCCCAGCUACCUUUAACUCCUUAUAGCGAUACCUCUAGGCCUAUGUCUUCUUCCACGCAGCGGGAUUUUUCAGAAUUACAUUCCACUCCGUCUCGUGGGCAGAGAGGUUCCGCAUCCUCCCCAAGGGUGUCGAGUUCGAUAUCGGGCACCGAAUCCCCACGUUAUUCAUCCUCCAGACACAAAAGGCAACGCAGUAUCACCCUAUCUGGCCCAGGCGGCGUGGGAGCCCUCGAGAACGCGAGAUGUCCCGGUCCACCUAUAGACAAGUUCACUACUUUCGUUAAUUCCCAUCUGCCAACACUGACAAUCCAACCUGCACCAACUGAUACAGCCACCUUACAGAACCUCGAUCGGGCGUCGUUCGACUCGUCUAACUCCGCAGUAUUCUCAUCUUCGUCUACCGCCGGCCUAGAAAACGUCGGAGUAGCAAUUGAAGGCUGGUUUCGAAAGGUUGCUACACGAGCCAAGGCAGGGAUAAAUGAGAUCCACCAACAGCAGCAACCUCUCAGUCGGAGGUUUGCCAAUCUUGGCCUCUCAGGGUCCUCCGGCGACCUGAUUGAAUUAGAUGAUGCUCCUGAGGAUACAAGGGCUUCUCAUUCCCCCACGAUCUUUGUCGACGGAGAAAGCGGCAAACAAAAACGUGUUUAA